AUGUCAUCAUCACUAUGCGAGAAGUUAAAGAGUUAUUUUUCUGAAAAUACUGAUAUCAAACCAGUAUGGAUGCCAUCUACCGAUCAAAAAACCUAUCAAGUCACAUUUCAUGCUGAAUUUGGGGUUAAGAGUGAUCGAAUCUUGCUUGAUUUGAAUCAGAGAGACAUUGGUAUCAAGCAUGGUAGUCGAGUUUGUGUUGUUCCAACUACUGUUUUUAUGGAGACGUACGAUCAUGUACCAAACAAUACCUCAAACAUAGACGUAACAAGUGUUAAAAGUACUGUGAAUACCGAUGAUGAUUUUCAUUCAGUACUAUUUGAAGAUUCAGCGCCGAAAAGCAAAGUUCGUAAACAUAUUGACACAUCUAAAUUCAAGAAAAGUGUUCGAGCUCGAUUGAUGGUACAUCAAGUGGUCGCUAGUAUCCGAGCUGCUACACAGCUCUCAUUUGAUUUCAUCGUUCUACUUAGUCUUGCUUCAAUGCUUGCUGGCUUUGGACUACUGGAAAAUUCAUCUGUAAUUAUUGUAGCAAGUAUGUUGGUUAGUCCAUUGAUGAAUCCUAUUAUGGGUAUUGUGUUUGGUCUGUCAGUACGCGAGCAUUCCCUAUGGCAACGUGGCAUUCGAAACGAGUUGAUUGGUCUCGCUCUCUGUAUACUUUGGGGCUUUCUCAUUGGCCUAUGUACAACACAUGUUGAAACCAGAUGGGGUAGUUCCACAAGUUUUCCUACUUCGGAAAUGAAAUCUCGUGGUGAUCUCAAACGUCUAUGGGUCGGCGUUUUGAUUGCAUUACCCAGUGGUGCCGGCGUUGCGUUAUCAGUUCUUGGUGGUAACGCAGGUUCAUUGGUUGGUGUGGCUAUUUCUGGUGAGUCAAUUUUUCCUCAAAGAAUCAUCUCACUUCAAUGUAGUUCUUUAGCUUCUCUUUUACCACCGGCUGUCAAUUGUGGUCUUCUUCUAGCAUAUGCCUUACUUUCUCAUGCAAUAUCUAAUGUAGCCACUUCUCAUAUGGAUAAUAACUCGAGUGCUCAAACAAGGGAGCUGUUUUUCUCUUUCCAAAAUCGACUUCGCCCCAACGAUCCGAUCAUAAACUGUUCUCGAUUUAUCAAUAAUGAUUAUUUGCCAUACUAUUCAUGCUAUAUGCCAAAUGAAGCAGCUAUACUCGGCGGUUGCAGUUUGCUUCUAACUAUAGUGAAUAUUCUAUGCAUUAUUAUAAUGGCUUUGAUUAUUCUUCGUAUAAAAGAAGUAUUACCAUUACAUCAAGAAAGCAAAGAAAUCGUGAAAUUCUUUCAUCAUGAUGUAAAAGUAGCUCGUGACUACAACAAGAGCAUUACUGUUAAAGAACCUAGUCGUAGCAAGAAUUUUGGCUCACCAAAACUCAGAGUGAUCGUAUUAAGUAAAUCAAUUACCAAACAUUGGAAGGAAUUGAUACCAUCUUCAAAAGGUCGAGUAUCGCCGACCGCUUGUUCGUCGAACGCAACCUUCUAUCCGGAUAAUUCUGCCGACUUAAGUCGUCUGCAGACUUAUGCUGAAGAUUUCGAUCUUGAUGUCUUUUCUAUUGAAGAUCGAGAAUUGACGACAUCUGAAAGUAAAGAAAAGGUAAUAUGUUUAGCGAACAACAUUCUCGAUAUGUACGAAGAAAAACCGUCAACAUUUGUCGACUUAUCUCGACUUCAACCGUAUGGAGAACAAACAUCAGCGCGAAAAGAACACAUCUCAUUCUACAAACAUCUCAUUGAAUUACUUCCUCCAAAAUGGUAUGAAGUUUUUGAUCGUGAGAGAUGUCGACGAAUCAAUACAGAGUCUACUGCGAGCAGAGAAAGAUCGAAUUCAUUUUCUGAACAGUCAUUGAACGAGCAACAUGAACCAGUUGGAUUCAAUAGACCUCAAAAAAUAAAAUCUGAACCGAGGCAUAAUCUUCACAUCACAUCUACACCUUGA